UAGCUGAACUGGUAGACACAAAUGAGAACUAGGGCUAGCCACCACAAGAGGGCAUAUAAAUAGAACAUAAUACUACUGUACACACGAGGCUGCUACUUCUUCAUUUUCUCAAGUCGUCAAGAGUCUUCCCUUCAUGAUCUCUAUUUUCGAGAAGUAAAAGAUCCCAAAAUUCUCAUUAUGUCUUCUUCAAGAGGUGGUGGAGAUGGAGACUUGAUUGGAUCUGAUUUCAGGACACAUAUGAUUUUAGCCAAUGAUGGCGAGGACAUUAUUAUGGAGAUCGGGUCUCUCGUUAGAAGAGGAUCUCGUGCUAUAUGCAUUCUCUCUGCACAUGGCACAAUCUCAAAUAUCACAUUUCGUCAUGCUAGUUUUUCUCGUCACACUUUGACCUAUGAGGUUAUAAUUGGAAGUUUUGAAGUCAACAAUCUUUAAUGAUUUUAUGAACCAUGGAGGCUCUGUGGACUAUGAAGCCCCUUUGGCUGGGUCUAACCCUAGGCAAUCAAGUGCUAGAGUUUCAUGCUCAACAUGCCCCUCAUGUGACUUAUUUUUUUAUUCUGUUGAAUCAAACCUAGUUGUCAGAUUUCACAUGUGUUUGUUAUAAUAUUGUGUUAUGCGACAUUCUUGGAUUUUAUAGCGCUUUUUGAAAUGUGUUUUUAUAUGGGUUGUUUGAAACAUUAUUAUUGUUUGAGAAAAUGGAAAUGACAUUUUAGUC